AUGACUAUACCUGAUGACAUUCUUGCUGCACAUGCAGCAGGAAGAAUCCCGAGCAAUGUCUCUCUCGAAUAUCUAGCAGAGACCCGCGAUCAUGCCGCCAUUGUGGGAAUCAUUUUCAUGAUAUGCUUCACCGGCCUGUUGAUGAUUGCACGAUUAUAUGCCCGGGCAUUCAUUGUAAAGAAGAUUGGCUUGGACGAUAUGUUGGCAAUCGUGACAUUGAUUCUCUACAUUGGCUUUGUCGUUCUCUCCAUCGUCGUGAUCAAAUUAGGAAGUGGUCGCCACAUGGAAUACAUCCAAUAUGUGCUAUCACCUGGCGCAGUCCGCGAAACCGAAAUCGUAGACUUCAUCGCCCACAUUCUCUACACAACGGCUCUAUUCCUCUGUCGUCUCUCCGGUCUAGCCUUCUACUACCGGCUCUCAGCCCGCUCAACAAAACUCCACCUAAGCAUUAUCAUCGCCGCACCCCUCCUUCUCGCCGCCUAUCUACCCCAGCUCUUCCUCCUGAUCUUCCACUGCAAACCGGUCACAGGGCUGUGGCCCUACGCGUGGCAAGUUGAGCCAAAGACCUACACAUGUCUCUCGUGGGGGCUCGUAUACUCGGUGAACUCCGGUCUGUCGCUCGCAUGCGACGUGCUGAUGUUCGCGAUCCCGGCCGCACUCAUCAAGGGACUACAUGUCUCGUUAGAAAAGAAGAUCAAGCUAUCAUUUGUGAUGUUCCCCGGUGUCUUCGUGAUCGUCAUCUCUGCAGUCCGCGUCUGGCUCGUCGCAAUAGGCCAAUGGGACUCCGACGGUAGCUGGGCUUAUAACCCUAUGAUGUGUGUCGAGAACGCCGAGAUCGCAGCAACUCUAGUGGCGCUCUCCGUGCCAGCGCUGAAGCCGGUCUUUGGAAACUUGUUCGCGCACCUGACUGAGUACACCUCCAGUCACACGCGCACGCGGUCGGCAAAACUGCAUAGUCUGGGUCAUUCCAAGACUAUGGGAAGCGGUGCGGUCUCCAGCAAUCGGGAUAGUAAGCGUCUCAUUAACUGGUCCAAGAUUGGGAAUGAUGAUUAUGAAAUGAUGCCUUCCGAGGUCUCGGUUUCGAGAGAUAUUCGAGGCGGAUCGAGCGGGAGUGAUCGCAGUAGGAAGGAGGAGAAGCGGAAGCAUGGUACGAAGAGUCCCGGGAUUCGGGUUACGAAUGAAGUUAAUAUUAGUCGUGGGGAGGAGAGGGUCAGUGUCGAGAAGCCUGGCUCUAUAGAGAGUUAG